UGCUCUGUGGACAGACCUAGAAAAGUUCAAUAAACACGAAACAAUGACUGAGAGUCGCCCAACCCAACGAACCCAACCUCUUGUCAAGGAUCUUCUCUAACAUCCCCAAUUUCCUGCCCUCAAUUGAUUCCAGUUCAUUGGAUUGAUUCGCGUUUUCCUUCCGUCCACGACCAAUUUAUUGGAUGUCCCCUCUAACCCACAACCCCCUCUGGUGCCUUGAGCCUUAUCGAGCUUGCUUUCUGUCUUUUCCCUUCAGCCUUGAAGGCUCUCACCCAGCCACUCACUUGCCCAACCGCCUUUCUUGCCUUUAAAUCCAAGACAGGAUCCUGCUGAAGUUUAUUGUUCAUCAAGAUUGGAUAUUAAAAGGACACCGCCUUGGUCUUGAGUCGUCGGGUGUAAGGAGGUUAUGUCGUCGGCGGGGGGUGGAAUGGGUUCGAGGGGCGUGGUCACCACCCAACCUGGUGCUUCGGCCAAUCCCACUGUGAUUAACUUCAAUAAUUGCAAGAAGAUCUUUGUUCAACGCGACUAUUCUGAAGGUUGUGGCGUGCGAUUUUUGACCCGCUUUCCCUCUGAGCUCGAGGGCCGCAUUGAUCAGCAACAAUUCGAGUUCACGGUCAACAUGAUGAACAAUAUGUAUGCCGAGGCCGAGAAGGCCAAUUGCUCGACCUUUUGCGAAGGCUGCAUGGCCUGUGUGACCGCCUACGUGAUCUAUUUCUGCUCGGAAACCCAUUACGAAAAGUGUCUGCGGAAAGUGGCGCGAUUUGUGGUCGAGCAGAACGAGGAAGUCUGGACCAAACGCGGUUUGCUCAUCACGGAUCCCAUUGAGCGCGGCUUGCGCGUGAUCGAAAUCAGUCUUCUCACCGAACCCGCCACCUCACCCGUGGGGACCAAUCAAGCUUAA